AUGGCUGCAACCACCGUGAACCCGCUUCUCUCUCCACCGUGGCUACUACUUCUGUUAGUAUCAUCUCUACUUUCGAUCACUCUCGCUUACAAACCCGGCGACAUCGUCCCUAUGAGCCGCAUGGGUCAAUACCACUCCUCGAGAACCGUGUGGCAGGACCUCAUUGGCCGCCAUUGUCCAAUCUUCGCUGUGAAUCGCGAGGUUUUGGUGCCUUUACCUAAGCCAACGGGUUACACUGGGGCUGAUCCUUAUAAAAUAUCAUUUCAAGUUGGAAAGGAGAAAUUUUAUAUCCCAUGGCUUUUAGUGGUUAAUCGGAAAAGUACAGAGGUUCCAAUGAUUGAUAUAGAACUGAAAUAUUCAGGAAGUGAUUUGCUUGGUGUUACUGCAAAAGUUGUGGAUAUGCCACAUCACUAUGUUGAAAUUCAUCCCGAGAUCGGUAAACACUUCUGGGAUGCUCAGCAUUGGCCAAAGCAUAUACUUGCCCGAUACACAUGGAAGGAACAUUCCGAGAUUGAUGUAACUUCCGGAUUUUUUGUUCUGUUUGGUUCAGGGCUCUUACUGUCUUUCAUCCUCUCAAUCUACACAUUGCAAUCUUCACGCGAAAAAUUGGAAAGAUUUGUAAGGGAAACGGUUGCAGAAAACAGCAUCCCUGUUGGAGAGAUAGCAAAAGUUGAAUGA